AUACACACAACAAAUUCAUCAGUGGCAAUAUAAUGAUAUUUUCUUUAGCCAGUGGCAUUUUUACUUUACACGUCACCCUAAUAAUGCCACAGGAGCACCCUUCUUCUGAGUCAUCGAGCCAAAGUCAUAGCAGUGGCGUCAAUUCCCAGGGGAAGCACAAAAGCAGGGCUGUUAUUAAGAUCUAUCCAAAAUAGGGAACUGCAUCAGAAUUCAGAACGAGGAGAUGGGAUCUGAAGAGCCAAAGGCCAUUACUAUUCAUGUAACAGGAUUUAAAAAGUUUCAAGGGGUUUCGGAAAACCCUACAGAAACCAUUGUUAAUAAUCUGAAGGAUUAUGUUGAAAGGAGAGGCCUCCCUGCUGGUGUUACUCUUGGGAGUUGCACUGUGCUUGAAGUGGCUGGGGAAGCUGCACUUCCUCAGCUAUGUCAAACCAUGGAAUCUGCUGUCUCCAAGACAGAUACUGUGAGCAAUGCAAAUGUUGUAUGGCUUCACUUGGGGGUGAAUAGUGGAGUUGUAAGGUUUUCCAUUGAGCAACAGGCAGUAAAUGAAGCCACUUUCCUCUGUCCAGAUGAGUUAGGAUGGCAACCACUGCAAGUCCCAAUAGCCCAUGAGGAUGGAGGAAUUUCUCGAGCAAGACAGACUUGUUUGCCGGUUGAUGCAAUCUUGAAAUCCUUGAAGAAGGGAGGUUAUGAUGUGAUGAUAUCAGGUGAUGCAGGACGCUUUGUGUGCAAUUAUGUGUAUUACAACUCCCUCCGAUUUGCAGAACAAAAUGGUAACAAGUCUCUAUUUGUUCAUGUUCCCCUAUUUUCAAGCAUUAAUGAAGAAACCCAGAUGCGAUUCACAGCCUCUCUUUUGGAGGCCAUUGCUUCUGCAUCUUAAUGCAAAUGUAAAUCAUUUGUCUCCACAGCUAAGUAAUUAUAACGCAAUCUAUGAAUGAGAUGGAGAUACAGUUGCUUUUACCAUCCAUAGCAAGUCAUUUGGGUAUAAUAUGUGGAUUUGUCUUGUACACUGCAUGAAUAUGCUGCAAAUUGCUGAAAUAUUAUAUCAUUGCUUAUUUUGG